AUGGAGCCUAAAGACUUGAAGACUGUACACCGCCUUCUGACUUCUCCAGCUGUUCUGAUGGUUCUUAUAUUUGAUCAGCCUCAGGAUUACUUGACUGUCUGGACAAAAAUGUUUCAGAACUUUACACUGGAUAAUGAAGGGGAAGAGAAUAAUACUGGCCAUUCCAUACAUGACUUGAUCACAGAGACCGUUCCUACUGCCCCUGCAGCCAAGAGAAAUGAGACCCAAGAUUCAUUCCAAGAAGAGAAGACUCUGCUAAUAUUGUUUUAUAUUUCUCUACCUUUCCUUGUUUUUGGACUUUUCAGCAAUGGAGCUGUUUUCUGGUUUCUCUGCUGUAGAAUCAAAAAGACUAAAUACACAGUAUAUGUACUGAAUUUAGCCAUUGCUGAUUUCACUCUCCUCUUCAGUCACAUCAUACUUUUUUUUAACAGUCUAGUUGCCUGGGAGGACUAUGAUUGGAAGUUGAAUUUCUAUUUAGCAAUUUAUAUUUUGGCAUGUUUUGGAUACAAUACCAGUUUUUUCCUAUUGACAGCAAUUAGUGUGGAGAGGUAUGUGGGGACAUUUUUCCCCCUGUGCUAUCAUUUUAAACGGCCAAAGCAUCUUUCUACCAUAAUGUGUGCUGUCCUGUGGGCCCUCUCCUGUAUCAUGAUUGGACUAGAUUAUAUAUGUUGGAAGGAAUACCAGAAUUCCACAGGUAUUUAUCCUGCAAAUAUAGUCGUUGCUACUGUUCUCAUGCUAUUUUUGCCAGUUAUGGUCUUUUGUAGCUUCAGUCUGUUUAUCAAAAUAUCUAGAUACCCAAAGUCAAAAUCUCCAGCUCGCUUUUAUCGUACUGUUAUUAUCACAGUCAUUCUGUUUCUUAUCUUUGCUGUGCCUCACAAGAUCCUUUCUCUGAUGGAAUAUAUGCAGCCAACAGUGGACAUAAAUUGGGACAUCAUUCAUAGCUUUUCCUUGCUUAAUAUAAUCAACAGCAGCCUCAAUCCUAUUGUUUACUUUUUUGUUGGAAGACAGAAACAGCGACAUUUCAAGGAACCCUUGCAUGUAGUGAUCUAUAGGUCCUGCAAUGAUGAAGCCCUGGAUCCUAUAAGCAGUAAACAAGCGACUCAUUCCCACUAA